UUAGCAAUACCCAGGGCAAAGUCGCUCGGACUGGUCAAAACGCAUACGGUCUGAGUGUAGAGCGUGUGUAAGUGUAUCUGAAUCUGAAUGUGAGUGGAAGAGCAGUCCACAUGUACUCCGUUUCCCUAUUGUUAUUGUAUGCGAUGGCGCACGUUUUGUUUCGCAAGUCUUUUUCAAGCAGCAGACCAACGACGUCUUUCUGUGCCAGACGGCAGCGGCAUUUGGAAUGCAAACCUUGGCUGCUCUGCAGCGAUUGAGAGCCGCCGCAAUCCAGUUAAUAUCUGCCAACAGAUUCCUUAGACGACUCGCAUUAUACCGCCACCGUAACUCCGUUUCCUCCUUUCUUCCGCGGAGCCAAUGACGCGCGAUCAAUGUACUCGGCAGUUCACUAAAAAUUGUCGUCCAUUUUCCAUGAACUCCUAUUCCUACCUUUACCGGAUAAACGGGGAAGGCUGGACGAGCCACCACGAUAUCAACCCUACCUUAGUGAUCGAUCAAGUUACCCCAGUUGACUGCAGUUUGAACCAUGGUCUACAUCUGAACUGCAAUGACAAGGUCACUGCCCAAGAGAUCCGCCAAUUGGCCGCUUCGCUAUCGCUGCCACCGCCGCGGGCGGUUUUUGUAAACUUGACCGAUGGCCCACUGGUGACCUUGGACAACCUAUCACCCGUCCGCCAACACACUAUCAUCUUGAACCUAUACUUUUGCGCAUCGGCUCGCACCACGGGCAAAUUGGUCGCGCUAGGCUUCCCGAACCUGUUGAAUUUCGAACUGCACCAUUGUCGCGCUAUGGUUGUAAAGAAAACCGAUUUCUGGUCAUCCAUCAAACUCCGCAUGAUCCUUUUCGCUAAUACAACUCUGCGCUCACUGGAGGAGAACACCUUCGCGGACUUGCCAGCUUUACGUCUCGUCUCCUUGGAAAAGGGCUUCAGCGAAAUGGAAGUGUUUAGCAAAGAUAUCAGAAAUUAUCUACAAAAGCUACAUUGCGGAUGUGAAUACGAGUGGUUCCGGCAGUGUUGGAGCAGAAAUCAGCUCCUGCGCAGUGCCGACCGGAAGCAGAUAUUCAACAUUCCGACCAACUCAUGGCACAACGAUAACGUCACGAAAAGAGAUAUGUAUUUACCAAUUGAUUGUGCAGCGAAUCCGUUUCCUGAUGGUUCAGAGUUCAUUGACUUCGCACAGGACGCUUUUUCCAUUAACGAGAAAUCGUACGCAGAAAAUGGGUGCCCGAGCGAAAUGGACGAUAAGCCAUUUCCGGUAUUCUCCACUGAACCAGCGACUGCCGUUGAAUGUGGUUAUCAGCAGAUGGAUUGGCGGUGCAUCUCCUUGGUUACGUCUAAACAAAUCGAGUGUCCGGAAGCUAACUCCACUGGCAAGCUUUUCGACGCAUCCUACUGCCUCUCCGAACUGCGCAGUCAGUCGGUGGCUCUCGCCCGAUUCCCGCCGCGUCCUCUGAGACUGUUCUCUCGCCCGAUUCCCGCCGCGUCCUCUGAGACUGUUCUGGAUGGACAACAUCACGGCUGUUUCGAGCGAUUUGGGUUUCGAGCGCGCGCGUAAUCAGCUUGAUUUAGAAAGGAUUGUAAAUUGUCAUCCACUCCGUAGUCGCUAUUCCAGAUAAAAUAAAAGUCCGUACGCUCUUAUAGAAUUGUAAUAAAGGCUGCGUACGUAACAGCCGCCUUGGGGAUGCGAUGCUUUCGAAUUUCGAUAAUCCCAAGGCAGAGUGCAGACUACGAGUCUACGUCGUGUUUUUCCAAUUUUGAAUUUCUUCCCAUUUUCUAAUUCCUGGCUGCUUGCUUCUUCGUUCUAAUUUUAAAUAAGACUAAGAUAUCCGGAUCGAAAUCUGUACAAUUUAUCGAAGAUGAAUACGAUGAAUGUGGAUGUGGUGUAUCAUCCGUGUGUGACUGUGCUGGAGGAUUUCCCUUUACGAAGCACGUGUAACGGUGAGGAGAUGGCGGAGGACGCGCCAGUAGGUGUCGCGCGUGCGCCAGUACGCGUACAUGUCCGUGGCCACCCGGCGCAUCUCCGCCGGCGGCUCCGGCAGCGCGGCCUCCAUGGCCGUCCGCAUGGCGGUCAGAGUCGCGACAAUGUCCUGGCCGCAGUCCAGACGCAGGAAGGGCACGGCCACCCGCAGCGGCGGCGCCGGGUCGCGGCUCUGGUAGGGCUCAUCGGUCAAGGGGGUGAAGUCGGAGUGCCAGGAGGGCCGGCAGUGGUGGAAGGCUUGGACGGCGUCGUUCUGGACGUAAUCAACCAGGAUCAGCUGGCCGCUGCACAUGUCCAUCAGCGGUGACAGGUGGUGCAGGGGAAAGUAGAGCGGCGCAUGGGCACUGGCCUUCCAUUCACUGACCACCGCCCAGACGGUGGGCAGGUCGCCGGUUACGACGCAGCGGUGGCAGAUGAUACGCUGCAGUGCCGCGGCCGGUGCCGGUCGGAGCAUUCUGACCAGCUGCCGAAUGAGGGUCACGUCGCUGCUGCCCACACGCAGGCUGCGCUCGGCCAGACGGUGCUCGCCGGGCCGCCACCGGCUCAGCACCAGCGUCCGCACGUCACGGCUCAGCCCGUACAACGUUCUAUGGGCACACCGGGCAACCUAUCAGAAACUCUUACUGAAUCAAACUGCUAUAUUUCUUAUUAAGGUAUACAGAUAGUAUACAUAAGUGGGUAUUGCUGAAACAAUUAUUGGUAGGCGGCCUACCAAUAAUGAUUCUCUAGACCGAGUGAUUUUAUUAUUAACAACAACAAACGUGAUUACUAUUAGUAGUAGUAUACACUUUUACUGGAACAAUUUCCGGUAGGCGGCCUACCUUUCCUUUACUUAUUACAUAGACCGGUUGACGGCGUUGAGUUAAACAGUUUCAUUUGUC